GUUCUCAGAACUUCCAGUCGAACAAGAACGAUCUCCUGUAGCCCAGUACCGGAUGGCUCGAUCAGCGCUGGUACAACGGUAUCACAUCCAGGCUUCCCGCUGAGUCAGCCAUCGAGCCCAAUCAUGGACGACAACACCCAUCCUCAACUGGUGCCAUCGCCAUGUGCUGGCACGCCUCGGUCUGGAACCACAACUCUGUUGAACAGGACGAUAUCCGACGAAAGUGCGAACAGCUCAAACAGGUGGGUGGAGCAUGCACCGUGA